AAGGAGGAGGAAGAAAAAGAAGAAGGAGGCAUGUAUUUAAAAAGGGUGUGUUGGUAGUGUUAAAGUGUCUGAGCUCUCUGAACAACAGGACGCAGUUUCACAGACUGUGAACAAAAGCCGAGACUCAACCCCAAGUCUACUACAUUGAUCAGUCUCGUCAGAUGUGUGAAGAUGCAGCACAGCAGCAGCAGUAGUGUGACUGACCUUCAGCAGCUGUGUGGAGGAUGGACCACCCUGCUGAACCGCUUUUAUGAUGACCCCAAGGUAUCAAGGGUGAUGAAUACAAGAGUCGGGCUGUACCUCAGCAGCCACCCUGUCUUAGCUCUGUCAGUGUUGAUGUUCGGCGCCAUGGCCGCACUGCCCGUUGGACUCUUCCUCACUUUUGCUCUUGUGACUAUUAUUAUGACUGCAGUAGGUUUUGUGUUCUUUGAGGGGUUCCUGUUGUUUGUAGCAGGGCUGACUCUGCUGUGUGUGCUCUCUGGAAUCGCCUUCUUCUCUGUCGCAGUUUCAGUCAUUUUUAACGUGAUUUAUAUCGCCAUCUCCAACAUCCUCAAACACUAUUACCCACAUCUGGCAAAGAAAGGUGAAGUCGAAGAGAGUGAAUGUGAAACUUCAACACAGAAGGAAAUGUAGUAGCUAGAUUCUUCUUCCCUUCUUUGUCAGCUUUUAUGUGUUUGAAAGCUCAAAAUUACUGAGAGUACGGGGGCCUUAAAUCAGCACUACUGAAGCUUGAUGGGUGGGAUUCAGAGAACAGUUGAAUGUACUGUUUGGCGGCUUGAGUCUUCUUUAAGCACGCAAGCAAGACUCCUUUAUGGUUACUGUAUCUUUAUAUAUGGUGCAAUAAGUACGAAAUGUCAACAACAGCCAGAACACUGUAUAACAAAUGUUUCAAAUAGUCCUUAAUAGUCAAAUACUGAAGGCUUAUUUCAGUCCACUUAUCUUAAUGCACAUAUUGAAAUGGCGGCUCAUUUCAAGUACUAAAGAGGUUGAUUUGUGUACUUUACCCAGAAAAGUAAUGCACUGUUUCAUUGUGGAUUAUGUUUUCCAGCCUGAAAAUGCACUACAAUAUAACUGUUACAUAUUUAUGUUAAAAAGGGCAAAAUGUUGUACAUUUGUACUGCAGCUUUGAAUAAACGCUCAUCAGAAUUCC